GAGGGGCGCGCAGGCUCUCCUUCCUUCCUGCUCGCGAUGUCUCGGCGUGCUUACGAGGCUUUCCCGGCCGCCUACUUCGGGACGAGCCCUCCUUUGCCUCCGGAGCCUUCCGCGGAGACGGUGACCGCCCGAGUGGGGGCGGUGGCGCAGUUUCUGCGGCGGGUGUUGCCGCUGUGCCUGGCUCACACGGUGGAGUUUUACACGCGAGGCCUGUGGGAGAAGAUGGUGGCGCUUCCCCCGGAGACGGUGUUGGAAGCGCUGAGCGGGGAGAGGCUUCAGCAGCUCCUGGAAGAGCCGCCUCCACAGCGCCCUUUGGAGGAGGCCGCCGAUGGCUGUGAGUUUUACAACAUUUUCUGUGAAAAUUCUCAGAGGCUGGUCAAUGUGCAGGCUUUUGCUCUAGCUGCAAAAUACUACUCCAUGCCAAACCUUGGAGUGUGUACCCCUUUAGAACAGAUGCUUGAAACUCUGAACAGGAAACAGCAGUCAAGAGCUGAUGUAGAGAUGAAAACAGAUGAUUUCAUGAAUAAUAAGAAGUCGCAUGAAGUGCAGUUGAUGUCAGAGUUAGUAGAUGGCAUUGCAAAAUAUUGUGGUUUAAACCAGGUUAUUGACUUGGGCUCUGGAAAAGGCUACCUGAGUUCCUUCUUGUCAAUGCAGUAUAAUCUGAAGGUUUAUGGAAUUGAUUCCUCAAACACAAACACCCAUGGAGCUAAUGAAAGGAACAGGAAAUUGAAGAAACACUGGAGAGCCUAUCAAAGACGGGCAAGAGCAAAUGUCAGAGGCCAAGUGUUGGAAGAGGCAAAGGAAAGGCCAGAGCAAGAUAAAGAGAGAUGUAAAGCAAAUAUCAGUGAAAAGCUCUUAAGUACUAAUAACAGUCUUCAAAGUCAAGCCCAGGUGGCUGCUCCAGAUUCCAUUCUUUUUGAAACAGCUGAUGUUUUCAUAGACUCUGAUAUGUGUAUUACUAACAAACAAUAUGAACUUCACUGUGGGGCUCAGCUGCAGCCUGAUGAGAACAGCAUUCCAGAGAAUGUAUUUCUAAAUAUUCUGCCUGCUGAUGCUGUAGAAGCUGACUGUUCACCCAGAAGUAAUUGCAGGGAGCUCUGUGAAGAGGAGAGAGAACGAAGGAAGAUGGCUUCCCUUAAAGCCAAAGCAAGCAGGUCAAAAGAAGCCAACAUAUAUUCUCCAUUAACAUCAUAUAUCACUGCAGAAACAGAACUACGUGAUAUUAUCGGAGAUCUGGAGGACUGUGUAAUGGUGGGUUUACAUACCUGUGGCGAUCUUGCUCCAAGCACCCUGCGACUUUUUAGUGCUAAACCUGAAAUCAAGGCAGUUUGCAGUGUGGGUUGCUGCUACCAUCUGCUCUCAGAGGAGCAUGAAACUCAGAAAGAUGGGAUCCAGGGAACAUGGGGUUUCCCUAUGUGCCGGUAUUUAAAGGAAGAAGGCUGGUUCUGUGGUCGCAAUGCCAGAAUGGCAGCCUGUUUGGCUCUGGAACGAGUUGCAGUUGGCCAAGUGCUGCCUACAGAAUCAUUGUUUUAUCGAGCUGUCCUACAGGUUAUUGUAGAAGAAUUUUAUGGAGUCAAAAGAAGGGAUCGUAAUAUUGGCAAAGUGUUUUCUAAAUCAUCUUCCUUCACGGAUUAUGUUCGGAAAUCUUUAAAAAAGCUUGACCUUGAUGAGUCAAAGAUUUCAGACAGCCUCAUAAUGGAGUACUUUGAAAAAUACAAGCACAGAAUGAAUGAGAUGGAAGCUUUCAAUAUGCUGAAAGUUGUUCUGGGACCUUGCAUAGAGGUGCUAAUACUUCUAGAUCGUCUGUCCUACCUCAAAGAACAGGACAACAUUGCCUGGUCUGGACUGGUAAAGUUAUUCGAUCCCAUAAAAUCCCCCAGGUGCUAUGCAGUUGUGGCUCUGAAGAAACAGACAUUUCACAUGCAAGCAAAUUGCUAGAAUGAUCUAAUACUAAGAACUGAUGCUGUUGUAUUUUAAAUAGAGUUUGGUUUUUAUACUUAUUCUAAAAUUAUUAAGUAUUCUGAUGAUUUUUUAAAGUUUUAAUAUGUUUAUAGAUCAUGAAAAAUAAAAAUAUAGGCUAUCCUUUAUAUGUCAAUGCUAAGCUAGGAUGGUGUGAUAGGGUAUUACAUUCCUUCAUGGAAAAUAAGCAAAGUAAGGGACUGAAGAUUUCUCAGUUGAAACCUUGAAAACAGCCGUGUGUACAUGUGUGUGCAGAAGUUCUUUUAAAAAAUAAUUUUAAAAAAUGAAUACACACACUCAUUAUUAUUUACAGCUUUGAAGGGGCAAUUUUAAUUGUUUUAAACAAAAGUGCUGCAGGGUGGGUGGGUGUUUUUAAAAAAGUGGUAGGCUCUCCCUCACUUCCCCAAUCCAUUGGAAUCAUCCUGCAGCUGUUUUUAUUUAAAGAUAUUAAGAAUGCAAUCCUUUGCAUGUUUAGACACAAAAAGUCCUACAAUCCCAAUAUUCCCCAGCCAGCAUGGCUGGUUGGGGAAUGCUGAGAAUUAUAAGACUUUUUUCUGUCUAAACAUGCAAAGGAUUGUGCCCUAAGGAGAUCAUGUCACAGGUAUCCUGAUUCAUGUCUGCCUGGCCCUUAGGCACCUUCAGUGCCACCUUGGCCUUUGGGGGAAGAAGGUAAUUCCUUUUCCAUCCCAUCUUAUCAACACUGAACAGAGUGUAGCUAACCUGUCGUCUAGCAUAGCACGCUAUGAAAAUAAUUCUGAGAAGAGGGAGCGAGCUUGAGACUGUGUCUUCUAUUGCUUACAAUGUACAGGGGAAUAGUUGCCAUGUCUUAAAGAGCUCAUGCAUGGAAGACUGGGGAAGCAUCAGCUGUUUGUUAUGUUACUCCUUUGUUCCUUGCUUCUCAUCAGAGGCACUGUUCAGCUGCUUGGUUCUGUCUUGGCUCAUUUGCAUUGUAAAUACAUAGUUAUUACUCACUUGUUGUUGCUAAUCUUUAUUCCCGCCUAUCUUACCCUCAUAGGGUUGGUUUUUUGUGUGUGUGUGUGUUUUUUUUUGGUGAGUCUAGAAUGCUAGACUCCAUUUAUGCUGUACUCACUAGACUCCAUUUAUGCUGUACCUGACAAUUGUGAUAAAAAUGUGACCAAUAAGCUCCACUUCACACAUUACAUGGCAACAAUCCUGUUAACCAAAGUAUUUUAUACAAUGCAGGGAGCUGGGACCAAUCCCAGCCCUCUGGCAUAUGUCUCUCUUGUGAUAGAUACAGUGGUGAACAUAGAUUUGUAAGCUGCACAUGCUGUUUUUGUGUGGGUGUAACAUAUUUUACAUGUACUUAUUAAAAAUAUAAUGCAUGAAGGAGCCCUAAGAUCGGCAAGUUUUUGAGGAAACCUCUAUUGAUCAAUGCUUUAAAGUAAAUUGCUCCACGUCAAGAGUUUAAGAAAUGGUGGUACAGUAUUCUUUUUCUUUUAAACUUACUUCAGUUGGUGUAUAUGUUCUCAAAGAACAGGGGAGUAACUUCUAUUGGAGUGGAAGAAAUAAUUUCCGUUAUUUCCUCUUGUGGUUAUAUUAGUUUUUAUAUUGUUAUUUUUUUUAAAGAAAAAAUUGACUUCACUUAUAAUAUGUCACUUAAAUAAAAUGCUGAAAUAUUUAAAAUGCAUUAAAUGGGCAGGUCAGUUGUAAUAACCUUCCUACUUGAAAUAUGUUAAAAUUAACUUUGGGCUGAUGAAUGUUUUUGGGGACUUUUCCACUUUGUGGUGUUCAUUGCUGCAAUUGGUUGACACUUUUCAAGCCAUGCAACUGUACAGUAUAACAACAAAAAAAUGUCCUGGAAUGUGAGAGUAUGAAUGGUCUGAAUAAAUAUUCUGAAUAAACACAUUAAAAGAAACUACUUAUCAUUUCUAUAGUUCUAUAAAAAAAAGAACAAAAGAGUAAGAACACAAAAAAGAGAACAUUGUUAUUAGUAAAUAAACUCAUAAAAAUGA